UGGGUAUCAUGUUCGUGGGAAUCGUCGACCAUUGGAUUUUGGUUCACAGAGUUACUGGAAAGAAACAAUCAGUUUCAUCGAUGGGUUUUUGCUGGGCGCCCUGCUCUUUUCUGGAUGACAGGAUUUUUUAACCCUCAAGGUUUUUUAACAGCAAUGAAACAGGAAGUUACAAGAGCUCAUAAAGGUUGGGCACUUGACAACGUGAUAGCCCAUAAUGAUGUUACGAGAUACGCCCAAGACGAAGUCAAAACACCUCCCACAGAGGGCGUAUUCGUGUACGGACUUUAUCUCGAAGGCGCUGGAUGGGAUAAAAGGAACAAUAGGCUUUGUGAAUCUGCAAAUAAAGUAUUAUACGUAAUGAUGCCGGUCAUACAUAUAUAUGCAAAAUAUGGCCUACAGGCGAAGAAUCUUAAACUGUAUGAGUGCCCUGUCUACAAAAAACCUAAACGAACGUACAUUCUUCUCAUUACAUCCCUUUGGUUGCCAACAUCGAAGCCCCCAGAACUUUGGAUCAUACGAGGAGCGGCUCUACUUUGCGACAUUAAAUAAUCUUAUAGUAUCUGUUUUCUAGACGUUGUGAAAAUUGUUUUCUGU